AUGGCCGACGGUCUUCAGAUGGGCAACCUUUCCAUCAACGAGUCUCAGCAUGCGCCCCAGGGCAACGCCCCCCAGGGUCGUGCUGCCUACAUUCCUCCUCACCUGCGCUCCCGUCCCGGUGCUGCUAAUGUAGAUGCUGGUCCUGCCCCUGCUGGUGGUCCUGGCUACGGUGGUCCUCGAAACGGUCCCCGCGGUGGCAACUGGGCCAACGCAAAUGCCCCCGAUUUCAGCCCUCGCCCUGCCAACGGUAAUUCCAGCUGGAUCCCCCACGGAGAAAUCCGGCCAUUCGAUCCCCAUGCUUACGGACAUCCAGGACACAGCGGCUCUUACAGUGGUGGUGGUGGUAGCGGUGGCGGCAGUGCCCCCCGUGGUUCAGGAGAUGGUCAGUGGCGCGACGGCAAGCACAUCCCCGGCCCUGCCAACGCCCGCGUGGAGCGUGAACUUUUCGGUGUUCCCAACGACCCCCUCAAGCAGCAGACCGGUAUCAAUUUUGCCAACUACGACGAUAUCCCCGUUGAGGCCUCCGGUAACGACGUGCCCGAGCCUGUCAACACUUUCACCAACCCUCCUCUGGACGACCACCUCAUCUCUAACAUUAAGCUUGCUAGCUAUGUUACUCCUACCCCUGUGCAGAAGUACUCUGUGCCUAUUGUCAUGAACGGUCGUGAUCUGAUGGCCUGUGCCCAGACCGGUUCCGGAAAGACUGGUGGUUUCCUCUUCCCUAUUCUCUCCCAGGCCUUCCAGACUGGUCCUUCGGCCGUCCCUAACCAGGCCUCCGGCCAAUUCAGCUACGGCCGCCAGCGCAAGGCUUACCCCACCUCCCUCAUUCUCGCUCCUACCCGUGAGCUGGUCUCUCAGAUCUUCGACGAGGCCCGCAAAUUCGCUUACCGCUCCUGGGUUCGCCCCUGUGUUGUGUACGGUGGUGCCGACAUUGGCUCUCAACUUCGCCAGAUUGAGCGUGGUUGUGAUCUGCUCGUUGCUACCCCUGGUCGUCUUGUCGACUUGAUUGAGCGUGGCCGUAUCUCCCUGGUCAACAUCAAGUACCUGGUUCUUGACGAGGCUGAUCGUAUGUUGGACAUGGGUUUCGAGCCUCAAAUUCGUCGUAUUGUCGAGGGUGAGGACAUGCCCCGUGUUGAGGACCGUCAGACUCUCAUGUUCUCGGCCACUUUCCCCCGUGACAUUCAGAUGCUUGCCCGCGACUUCCUGAAGGACUACAUUUUCUUGUCUGUUGGUCGUGUCGGUUCCACCUCCGAGAACAUUACCCAGAAGGUUGAGUACGUUGAGGACCAUGACAAGCGCUCUGUUCUGCUGGACAUUCUUCACACCCACGGUACCACCGGUCUCACUUUGAUCUUCGUCGAGACCAAGCGCAUGGCCGACUCUCUUUCCGACUUCCUGAUUAACCAGCGUUUCCCCGCCACUGCUAUUCACGGUGACCGCACCCAGCGUGAGCGUGAGCGUGCUUUGGAGAUGUUCCGUACCGGUCGUUGCCCCAUCCUGGUCGCCACUGCUGUUGCUGCUCGUGGUCUCGAUAUCCCCAACGUCACCCACGUCAUCAACUACGAUCUGCCCACCGACAUCGAUGACUAUGUUCACCGUAUUGGUCGUACUGGUCGUGCUGGUAACACUGGUAUUGCCACCGCUUUCUUCAACCGUGGCAACCGUGGUGUUGUUCGUGACCUGAUCGAUCUCCUCAAGGAGGCCCACCAGGAGAUUCCUGCAUUCCUGGAGAGCAUUGCUCGUGAGGGCUCUGGCUACGGUGGUCGUGGUGGCCGUGGUGGUGGCGCCCGUGGCCGUGGCUCCAGCAACGCUACCCGUGAUGUGCGUCGCUUCGGUGGUAGUGGCAUGGGCGGUGCUACCUCUUCCUUCGGUGGCAACAGCUACGGCAGUGCUCCCUCUUACGGCGGCAGCGGUGGUGGCAGCAGCUACGGUGGUGCUGCUGCUCCCUCCUACGGCGGCAGCGGUGGCGGCAGCGGUAGCUACGGUGGUGGUGCCUACGGCGGCGGCGGCGGUGGCAGCGGUGGUGGCAGCUACGGCAACCCCUCUGGCCCUACCGGUCCCUCCUCCUGGUGGUAA